GUCUCCUCUCCUCUCAGCCUGCCGUUGGUGGUCUGAUGUGAAGGGGUCACUUUACAGCAACAACAUGGGGAAUGAGAUCAGCACUCAGGAGCUGCCGGAGGUCGCCCCAGACAAUGUGGUGCUAUUUCCCCCAGAAGAAACACCGUUUGAUUCGUUGUCAGAGGCUGCAGUCCACGCUGACAAGGUGAGCCCAGAAAACGAGAAGUCUAACGGUGGUGAGAACGGAUCCGUCCAUACGGACACAACUGCAGCGGAGCCACAAGUGUCUGAUGAAGAAGACAAGCAGCGUAAACAGGAAGAGGAAGAUAAAGAUGAGCUUGAGUUUCCUCAUGAUCUGCUGCCCAGCAUAGACCUCAGCACCGAGCUCAAUCUCACCUGGGGAACCUCACUUGGCAGUGAGCAGGUGAGCUCAGAUGAUAUGAAGAAUGGAACAGUGGCACAGAACGGCACUGCCAACCCUCUGCUGGCAGGCUUACAGCACUACAUGGAGGCCAGUCCGCCUGUAGUGGGCCUCAUGAAGAGCUGUGAUGCCGACCAAGUCUGUACUGCGAGCCCAUCAGAGCCUGAAGCCCAGUUAUCAAGCACAGCUCUGGAAAAUGUUCCAUCCUUUAAACCUUUGGAUGCAGUGGACUAUGAACUUGAAGAAGCUUUUAAGGAAUGUGAGAACCAGAUGGCUGUUCUUGGCAUGUCCUCCUUUGAAGACACCUGGACUCCAGGUGAUGUGGACAGAUGUUGCUCAGUAGCCCUGCCUGACUUUGAGGAGGAAAAUAAACAAAUUGAGAAGAUUGAAGUCAAAACGGAUGCUGGCUUGUCUUCACACAAACUUGAAGAAUCUCAUGAAGGUUGCCAUGGAAGUGAUGGAGCACACAAAAAUGACUCAUUGGCAAGCGACGAGGAGGUGUUUAGCUUUAGAGAUUAUGUACUGGGAAAGAAGGAAACUAAUACAGGCGCUGUCAGAACUGAUGAUAUAGUGGGCUGUGUCACAGAAAACUACAGUGAGGAAUCUAGUCAAGUGUUAGACUCAGAACAGCAAAUAAAACCAGAGACAAUAAUAGACAAAGGUGAGAACAUACCAAAUCAAGAAUUGAUAGAUAGCAGGUGGACAGGUACACAAACUAUUUCAGAAAAGCAAACACUUAUUCAGUAUCGAUCGAUACAAGAUGUAUGCUCGGUGAAAUACACCCAGGAGGCCGAGAGCACAGAGGGAUUCAAAGAUUCAGACAGGAUUUACUUUAAUGAUCCAAGAGCCACUCAAGAGGCAAAUCCUGUGAACGAAGAACUAAUGAGCUCAGAUGCACAGAUUCACAACUCAGAUGUAAACGUAAAAAUAGAUCCACACAGUCAUUUCAUAAGUGACUCAGCCACGCUUACUGAUAAACACACUUGUGAAACAUUGUUUUGCUUAGAACCAAAAAUAAUCACUCAACCAAACAUACAGAAACACAUUGAGUCAGGGACACAGAGGCAGAGCAAACAAAAAGAAACAAAUACAGAAGUAGAAUCAAUUUCAAACCAUCAAAGAAAGGAAUUAGUUCUCCCCAAACAGCUGAGCGCUGAGGGUAAACAACCCAUUUGCUUCCCAUCACCAGAACCUGACACUCACCUAGCUCAUCUUUCCCAAUCUGGGGCUCCACCUGUCCUGAUACGCCACUCCCCAGAGGUGCUUGAGCAACACGAUGACCGGGACGGCACAGAUGGUCCCUGCGAAUCAAUAUCAGAUGGAGAAAAAAUACACCACAACCACGGUUCGAUUGGGGAAGUCAAACAUGAGAAAAAUGUGUCCGUUGCAUCUGCAGUUGUGAUUGAUUUUGGCCGAACUAACUCUGCCUGUGAACAUGAGCCCACAGGGAGUCGUGAUUUACUAGAAUGGGGGAAUGGACCUCCUUCAGGCAGCAGGGUAGACGUGCUCACGCCAGUGCGGGGGAAUUCACACUCACUGAGCCGAGCUGGUGCAGGAGAGGAGGAGGAAGAAAUUGCCCUUGAACAGAUUUCAGCAGAAUUUGCUGGUGAUACGUGGUUACGAGGAACACCCACGAGGCUAGAAAAGAUAGAAUGCGAGGGAGAGAAGAGAGGUGAUGCGUACCGAAGUGCUGCAGAGAGAGAAUCAGCAGUGAUAAUUUCGGACCUGCUGCAAGCAGAUGAGAUCUUAAAAUCAGAAAGAACACAGAGUGAAAUUACAGUCGAGCAGGAGCAAAAAUGCAUAAUUUUUCCACAGAUUAGUAGCUCACCUGUUCAGCGAGUGGAAGAGAAAGUAGAGAGCUGUGACAGCAGAAUGCCACAUAACUCAUCAGAGAGUGAGGAGAAGGGAGGGGGGCUGCCGAUCGUACUCUCACCAGUCGGAGAUGAUAAUAGUGUCUCAGUUGGCGCAGAGGACAAAACCCCGGUCAUCAUUUCCUCUGCAGGCGUCCUGGGAACGUGUGAGAGGAAGGCGGAGAGCUCCCGGUCGACAGAGAGAAAGGGAGAGGAAGAAGGGACAGAAGAGGAGGGGAAAGGCGGAGCACAGACCGUAGCACAUGCCGAGACGUGUACAUCCCACAGCAUCACAGCAUUGGCGACACAAAGUGAGAGUCAUAUCAUCCCUGGUGUCACAGAUGAUGCAUCAUCUGCUCUGACCAUCAAAAGAACAAACGACUGCGACUCCAUCAACCCACCCCAUCCUCCCUCCCACUUAAACACCACGGAAAGAGAAGCGCAGAGAGAGGGAGAGGCUUGUUUGAAUCGGAGCCCAAGUGCGUCAGGAGACGACUUGACAAGAAGCGAUAGAUCACCUCCACCAGCACUCUCUUCUGAAAGUGAAGCUCUCAUAGCGCAAGCCAGCGAUCAACAGGUACAGAGCGCUUCACAAACUGGAGACACGAACGGUGACACACCCAUCAAGACAGAAACACAGCAACAAACACAGGCAGUAAGUCCAACAUCAUUUAAGCCACAGCCAGACAUGAAGAAUAUCAAUGAAAUGGCUGUCAACCUGGAAGGACUUGCAUCAAAAAGCAACCGCUCUUUUGGGGAUCAAAAGGAUAAAAUGUUAAAAUGCCAAAUGACUGAAUGUGCAUCUUUGCCCCCUCUGAUGGUGUUUGAGAAACUACGUCACCCAGUUAAAGAGACCAGCUUCAACUUUGAAGGUUUCCUCAACACCAACAAACCACCACCGACCCCAGGCCAACCGCAAAACAAAGAGGGAGAUGAACCAGGAGCAAAGAACAAACCGGUUGUCUCUGAGGAAAAAGAGAACAAGGAACAUUUUGAAAAGCAGGAAGAAAAGAAACAAGUUGAAAUUAUUUGUAAUGAGCUGAAAGACUGCAGAGAAGAGGGAAAAAUCCAUCAGGAGCAGAAUGAGAGUACUGAAGAUAUUUGUGUUAAAAUGGGUAGUUCUGACAAAAAUGGAGAAGUGACAGAAACCAUCAAAAACCAUCCUGUGAUCCCUCUGUCACAUCCAGCUGCAGGUGAGAGUAUCAGCAUUUCUAAUACAAAGCCUGUGCAUUGUGAAAUUCUGAAAGAAGUUGAAAAAAGUAAUGAGAAGAAGCAGGAAAAUGCAGAAUAUUCCAAUGUUACUCAGAUCAGUCCAAAAGUUGUGAAUGAGUCAGCAUCCACUGACAAGAAUAGUGAUAUACUACAAGAUGUUUCAUUACAAGAGAAUAGAAGUUGUGAGGACAGCACCUCUGUGGAUUACGUGGGAUCCAAUAUCACUGUAUUUGAUGCGGAUGAACAGAAACAUACAGAAGUCCUGCUCACAACUACAGAAAUGAAUGAUGAGAAAUGUAUUUUGACUGAAACAGGUGAUAUAGAAAAAACAAGCCAGGAGCAUAAGUUGAACCCGGAACAGCAUGCAUGUGAAGAUGAGCCACAGGUAAAAACAACCUCCAUGUCUUCAGAAGCAGCCUUUGCCUUAGACACCGAUAGCACGGACCUCUGGAUAAUCAAUACUAUGUGUUUAUCUCAACCAAACCAGAAAUCAAACACCGAACAGCCUGCUACAACCUCAGAGAUGCAAAUUCUGCCUACAGCAGAUGAAUACACAGACAAACUGCCCUGUCAGACUGAAUCACAGCUGAAUGAUGAAAUAAUGACAAGCGCUGCAUUGGAUGCUGACGACAAAACCGUCCCUUCUCCUGCGGUGGAGACUUCAGUUCCAGCACAAAGAGAUCCUUCCUCAAACAGCACACAAAGCACUACCAGUGAUGCCAGGGAUGUGUCUGUCAUUGUACUAAGGACUCCAGGCCCACUGCUGAGUCAUUGCAAAGCCAUUAUUGACGGUGAUAUUGCUUUAGCAGGAGCUGGGAAGCACUGCAGUGUGGACAGUGUAUGUGAUUCCCACACAGACGUUGUAAAGGACAUUAAAGGCGACGUAAAUGAUCAACAGUGUAAUACGAAUGAAGAGAUGGUGACACAAAAUGCAGAUGAUCCAUCCCAUACUGUUGGUGUCUCCAUGCAGGAAAUUGCAGCUUCAUGUGGAUCACGUGUGUUUACGGCUGAUAGACCAGAAGAGGGAUGUGGUUCAUUGCUAGGGUCAAAGAGUCCAGAAAUAGAUGAAAAUGCAAAGGACAUUAGAGAAUUAGAUGUUUUUGUAGAAGGGAAGAAAGAUUUAAACUCUGAACAUGAAGAAGAUUUAAGUGGUGUUUCUAUGAAUAGUAUAACAGUGGUCGGCACAAUAGUUCAAGACAAGCAAAAUAGUCAAUCUCAUCUCUGUGAUGAUACAUUUUUUGAAUACAAACCACCUGUUACACUACUGUCAGAUCCUCCCUCUGGUCAUGUAAGCUCAACAUCAUUAGGCAGCGAAUUACAGUCCAUUACCAAUAUGCAAAACUCUUCAAUAGAGCCAAGCUCCUUUGAAACAACCUGUGCUCAUGAAUCACUUCAUUCUCAGUGCACUUCAACAACACAGAAAACUCCCAGUGAGGACAUCAAAUGUGAUUUGCGUGUUGCACAGAGCGGGCCCCAUACGCCUGAGGAACCUGCUCUUCAUGUGUCUUCAGACGAUAAAGAAAUCAUUGAAGGUACAACUGAAGGAUUCAUGCCGGUGAUUGGAGGAGAGGAGAACAAGAAAUGUAUCCAGGAACCUCAGGGACGAAAACAAAUUUCCUGUGCAUUAAGUGAGUUUAAUGACUUUAAGGAAGUAGGAAACCAGCAAAACAAUAGGAAGGAGUCAGCAAUGAAAGAACAAGCGGAAAAGACGUGCAGAAAGCAGGAGGACAACAAAGAUGAUGCACACACAUUUCAAGAACAGGAUGAAACUACUGUGAAACCUGGAGAACAUGUUGAUGAAACAGAAGAACAGAAACAAGAGUUAAUAGAAGUGGAUGUCGAAAAUGACUUUAGCAAAGAAAAACAAUUGCAUCAAACCAUUAAAACUGAAAAAAUGCAGGAGGACAACAAAGAUGAUGCACAUACAUUUCAAGAACAGGAUGAAAUUACUGUGAAACCUGGAGAAAACAUUGAUGAAACAGAAGCACAGAAACAGGAGAAAGUAAAAAAUGACUUAAGCGAAGAAAAACAACUAUAUCAAACCAUUCAAAGUAAAAAAAUGCAAUCUACUCCUGUGUCUGAUUCUGUGGUAACCUCAGAAGGGUGUAUGGAGGAGGACCUGUGUUUUAAAGAAGAACCACGUGUAAAAACUCAUCCAGCUUUGAGCCAGUCAGAUUUGUUAUUUUCACAGUCCCAAGAGAACCAUCAGCAACCAAUGUUUAUGGCCGCCUCAGAAGUAGAAUUAGUUAUGAAGGGGACUACGGAUAAAAGAAACAGUUUAGCAAAUGCUGAGGCCAAUAAUUAUGCAGAUGCUGAGGCUAGUGAAGAGCAAGACAAAUUGAUUGUGUGCUGUACACCAGAGGCUCAAAGUUCUGUAAACAACAAACCAGAGAGUUUCACACUGCUGGAAGGUAAUAAAAGAGGUGAUAUAGUCGACAUUACAUGUCCACAGAAUGAAGAGCAGAGUGUUCAAACGGCAGAUCUUAGUGGUGAGAACAUCCCAUUUCCUGAUUGCGGUGAAAGCAGCUUGAGAGAAAACACAAACCUAACAGAGCAGGUAGUAAAAGAAGAGAAUGAAUUGGUGUCAUUGGCUUCUGAAAAUACAGAAAAUGAGGACAAGGAAGCUAAAGAGGAAAAAUAUCCUCCUGUCUUAGCAUCACAGGAAAGUGAGAGUAAACUUGAGGAAUGUAUCAACUCACAGAAUGUAUGGAACGAAAUUCCUGAUGCCAAGAAAGACUCUGAACAGCCUGUAAGUCAUACAGACGGAUUCACUGAGUGUCCCAGAAUCUCACACCAUGAAGCGGUACAAAAAACAGAAGAGCAGUGUUUUAGCUCGGUUACCCAUGGAGACACUGAGAUCAGACCUGAUUCACAAAAUGAUGUUGUACAGAUUCAAGAAACUUCUACGUUUCAGCCAAAGGAGGACUCAGAUAUUCAGCCCUCCGAUGGGCAGCUCUCCACAAUCGUAACCCCUGAUUCUGCCUCUGUGCUUCCGGAAAAUAUUAAAGAUGAAAAAGUGACAAGUAUGGAUCAGGACUCCAAAUUUUCAGGAAGUCUAGGUUUGAGCCACCCAGUGCAGCUCAUUGGAUCUCCAAAAUGCAGUUCUGAAUCUGAGACAUCAGUGCCGACAAUAGAUCAGCCUAAUAAGUAUUUGUCAGAGCAAAUCUCACACUGUACCCAAAACACAGAGAAGCAGGAUACACAGUGUACUAAACAGCAGCUCACACAUUUAGUAAAUGUAGAUCCUGGAAACAAAAUUGGUACUGUUAAAUCAGAAUACACUGUUUUAAAGAAGACACAGCAGGCAGAGGUAAAUGAGCUCAAGGAGAAUGAGGAGGAGAAUAAGACCAUUGGAAAAAAGGAUCACAUGGAAAUGUCUGAGAGUGCUAAACUUAAGUCUUCAGUGUCUGUUGUUGAGGAGAGCAGAUCCAAAGAUGAAGACAAUCCGAGCAAGUUGUCAGUACUUUUGGAUGAGCAAUCUGUAGUUCUCAGGGAUGGAGAAACCAUCAGUAAUGUAGACCUGCCAAAAAAAAUUGCUGAUGAGACAUGGACAGAAAUCAAACAGGCUGCUGUCAAUAUGACAUCAUCAUGUCCCAAUACAUCUGUCUCUUCACCCAAUGACUCCCAGGAUUACCUUCAGCUCCCUUCUGAAGUUUCUCAAGAGUCUAGUCAGCAGGUCACUACAUCUUUUGUGCAAUCUUUACCUGAAACAGCCACAGAUAUGGUCAACAUUAAAAGUGAUCAAAAUCCUAACAUAGCAGAUAGAUCUAUUGAAGAUAUAAGAUCUGUUUCCAUCAAAAACACAGUUCAGAACCUUGACAUUGAGGCUAAAGAGGAAAGCAGCAAUGUGUCUGAAGGUGAAGAUGGUUCGCUGGGUUCAGCACAGGUAUCACAAGUUAAGAACAGUUUAUACAUCCAGUGCCCAGGUGUAAUCUCUGUUCCUGCGAGCUCAGGUACAGUCAACUCCCCUGAGAGUUCUGAUUGGCUCAGAGAUCUAAAAGAGGCAGCGGCCAUGUCUCAUAUCAUUCCAGAGCACAGAGAUGAAACAACUUGUGGAUCUGCAGAAAACAGGCCACUUGGGACCCUCAGUUCGUAUCAAGCCGAACCAGAAUUCAAAACUCCCACUGAGGAAGGUUUCCCCCCUUUGCCUGAGAGUUUUUCGCCUGAGAUCGAGGAUAAUUUUCCACCUGUACCUGAGAGUUUUUAUCCUGAGAUCGAGGACAGUUUUCCCCCUGUGCCAGAGAUUUUUCCCCCUGAAAUUGAGGACAGUUUUCCCCCUGUGCCAGAGAUUUUUCCCCCUGAGAUUGAGGACAGUUUUCCCCCUGUGCCAGAGAUUUUUCCACCUGAGAUCAAGGACAAUUUUCCCCCUGUGCCAGAGAGUUUUUCCUUUGAGAUUGAGGAGAAUUUCCCUCCUGUGACUGAGCAGCCAGAAGAACCAUCAGACUGCAGGCCCCCCAUUACAGAAGCUGCUGAGAGAAGUGAGCCUGUCCUCUGCUCCCCAUCACCCCCACCACAGCACGCCGUCGCUCCUGCCCUCCCUGCCCACCUCCUCCACGACACAGAGUUCCCAACCCCGCCUCCUACCCCUCCUGAGAGAGCUCCCCCUGAGCCUCCGACCCUUCUUUCAACUUCAGCUUCCCCUGAUCUUCCCGAGACUCCCCCUGUCGCUCCUAUACCACAUCAGAUCCAACAGCUCCAGCACUGUGAACCUUCAGCCAGGAGUUCAGACUCGGACGGUGCAUUUGAAACCCCCGAGUCCACCACCCCUGUGAAGUCUGCUGCCCCACCAGUGCCACCAACAGAGCCACCCGGCACCACCUUAGACCCAUUGUCCUCAGAACAAGUUUCCACUGUUGACAUCUGUGCCAGUGACGAUCAAAACCCAGACUCCCCGCUUCCACCGCCGAGUCGCUCUCCGUCUACUGUUUUUGAUGAGGACAAACCAAUCGCUGCAAGCGGUGCCUACAACCUCGACUACUCACUCACCAAUGACCCCCUCCAAGAAUCAAAUUUUGGGCCUGGGCAGAGUCGUACGCCCCUCACGCGCUCUUUAAGCCUUCAGUCUGGUGACUUAGAGAGUCCAGGAGACAAAUCCUCGGAAGGUGCUGACAAACCCUCUCACCCACGAACAGAAUCCUUCAGCAUAGGAACAGAGAGUGCUCCAGGAACUCUCCGUAGGGUGAAGAAGCCCCGUCCAGGGUCUCUAAAGAAAAAACCUCUUUCCAGGCAGAACUCAAACCCGAAACGUUCCUCACCCAAACCUGUUUCACCCAGCAGCACGCCAGAAGAAAAGAAAAGGGAGAAACCAUGUGCUGAAAGCCCCUUGCAAACCCAAGAAAGAGCAAGUGCCUCACCCAGCCCUAGUCCAAGUCCAAGUCCUGCUGGCACCUUGAGAAGGAACAGAAUAAAGUCUCGAGUGGAGAGUCCUCCACCAUUGGCUGAAGAGAUCACACCUGCCCCCACCUCAAUAGCCUUUCAAGAGGUUGUUGAUCCGGUGUCUGAAGCCGUACCUGUCCCGGACGAGGACUCUCCAAUCCCUCCCUGUGCCUCCUACAAAUGGGAUCCGGAUAAUUUUGACAAUAUUGACCCAUUUUGUACGGGAGGAAGUAAAAUCGCCAACUCGCCAGUUUUGAACAGGAAAGCUGAUUUCACAUCAGUUUCAGACCCCCAUACAAGCACUUCGGUUGCUCUAGAGGAGCCCUGCCCCCCUGCUGCAGAGGAACCCGUCAACGCUGAGAAGCAGCCAAUCAUCAAGCGUCAACCGGUCAGACUUGAGUUUGACUAUUCUGAGGACAGUGGAGAGGCGUCACACAACGGUCCCCCUCCUAAAAAACUGGGCAAGAAGCCAGGGGCCAAGAUGCCCAUUAGAAAGCCAAAACUGGGGAUUAAAAAGGCUCCCCCAGCUCAGAAAGAACAGCUAGACAAUGCUUCCAUCCCACCACUUUCAAAUGACAACGAUGAGAUUCCCAUUCCCAAAGCAUCGUACAACUUUGACCCUAGCAAGUGGGAUGACCCUAAUUUUAAUCCUUUUUCAUCAGCCAGUGGUGUCCCCAACUCUCCACACCUGUCACAAGGAAACUAUAGCUUUGACCCAGACUCCUUUGAUGUAUCUGCGGAUCCUUUCAAACCACCCAAUAAGAUCGUCAACUCACCCCCAAAAGCUGCCUCUUUUGACGUGUCCGCCAAUGAUAAUGAGAACGACAACAUUGUUGAGUUGGAGGAUCACAACCUGAACAAACCUGCCAAAAUGAAGAAGAAGCCUCUUAAAUCGGCACCCAACAAUUUCUCUUCUCUGUGUUGUUUCUUCAACACCUUCCGAGUGAAGAAAUCUCCAAAGAGGUCUCCGAUUUCAGAGCAGACUGCACAAUGUUGUCCUGUGUGUUCUCCACUCUCACCCUCCACCUCACACCCACAUCUUCACCUGCAGGAACACACGCCCGACGCUAACCCUGACCCUUCACAGGAUCACGCUACUGAUGAGGAGAAACUGGCUUCCUCCACCAAUCAGAAAUGGGCAACUCGACACGAAGUGGAGGCGGAGCUGAACUCUGACCCCCAAGACUUCCCCCAGCCGUCUGACUUCACAGCUUUUGUUAACAAGAACAGUUUACCCAAAGAAAAUGAUGUUACUGACUAUGAGAUUGAAUACAUGGAGAAGAUCGGCACUUCUGCUCCUUCUCUCUCAGAAAAGAAACCAUCACUUUACCUAAAGCUGGACUCGGUGACAGACAGUCCAAAGAAAAGCUCCAGCAUGCAAGAUUCUGAGCCGAACUCACCCUGCACUGGGAGCUUUGAGGAGAUGGAGGCUCAGAUCUCACAGGGGAAGUCACCAGUGUUGCCUCCGCGCAGCGCUCGCGAGCCGAAGGCCUCAGAGAAGAACAGAAAGAGAGAGAGUCAGCCUCAGAGUCGAACACAGAGCAACGGUGGCGAUGGAGCGUCCCCCAUCCAGGGCCCCAUGGACCCUUCAGAUCUGCCCCUCUUAGACAGGCUGUCUGAUUCAUCUACCCCUCUCAACUACCUGGAGCCGGACCUGGCAGAGACCAACCCCACUGCCUUCGCCCAAAAACUGCAGGAGGAGCUGGUGCUCGCAUCUCUGAGGAUAGAGGCUCUACAGGUAGCCAAAAACAUCUCUCAGAGCCCCUCUUUGUCCACUGUGUCCCCUCAGUCUCGCCUCAAGAAGCCCAUCCCGCACCGCUGGAAUCUCAACGGUUGUCACAUGGCUAAAAAAACUGCAGGAAAGUCCCCACAGACAGAUAUCAAACUCUGUCACAGGACGUCCCGUAUACCAAAGAGGGAAAUGGCUUCGCCAGGAGACAGUGGAGUUUCCAAGAGUUCCCUCUAUUCUCGAGCGGGAUACAGUGAAGGUGAAAGCCCUCAUCUGCCUCAUGACAUGGACCACUCACUGGGCAUUGCCCGAGAAGAGAUUGUUGUCAAAGAGAAAGAAGCCCUGGAGUGGAAGAGGAAGUAUGAAGAGAGCAGACGAGAAGUGGAGGAGAUGAGGAGAAUAGUUAUGGAGUAUGAGAAGACCAUUGCAGAAAUGAUCGAAAAAUCUUGUGUGCCUCUGGACGCAAACACUGAGGGUGAACAGAGAGAGAAGAAUCUAUCACAUCACACUAUCCAGCAGCUGAUUCUAGAGAAGGACCAGGCUUUGGCUGACCUCAACUCCGUGGAGAAAUCUCUCGCCGACUUGUUCCGUCGCUACGAGAAGAUGAAAGACGUUUUGGAAGGCUUCCGCAAGAAUGAGGAAGUGCUAAAAAAAUGUGCCCAGGAGUACCUGUCUCGUGUCCGUAAGGAGGAGCAGCGCUACCACGCUUUGAAGAUCCACGCUGAGGAGAAACUGGAUAAGGCGAAUGCUGAUAUCGCUCAGGUGAGAACCAAAGCUAAACAGGAGCAGGCAGCAAAUCAGGCCAGUCUGAGGAAAGAACAGAUGAAAGUGGAUUCACUGGAGCGCACGCUAGAACAGAAGAACAAAGAGAUCGAAGAACUGACCAAAAUAUGUGAUGAGUUAAUUGCCAAGAUGGGGAAGAGCUAACCAUUAGACAAUGUUCUGUUCAUACAACAAUAGGACAAAAGAACAAUGAUCAAACGAGUGGUGUAAAGAUGGAGGAAGAUUAAAAUGUUCACUAUCACUCUGAUGGACAGAACAAUGAACUUACCACAAACGUUGUGGAUCUCACACUACUGAUCUUCACAAAACUGGACUCCCCAUGAGGACCCGGGUGAACACACUAGAGUCUGGCUGUAAUUACGUUCUCUUCAUUAUGAUGCGUUAAUGUACACCUAUGUUGAGGGUCUUGUGAAAGUACUUUCCACCAGUAGAGAAUUUUUUUGAGAGUGUGUAUAGCUGACAGAGAAAGAAUAUGUGUGAGUGUGAAGUUACGAGUGCCGUUGCCAUGACAACCACUGAUGGAGCCGACUGUUAAACUGAUUCCUGUGGUUCCCUCUUCUUAACCUACAAAACAGAAAUGACCGCGAGACCGAGAAUAUAGAAAUAUAUAAUAUAAAGAAUUGAAUCAUUCAGUUGUCACAAAGUGAUGUUCACAAUUAUGAAAAAAUGCAUGUCGUAUGCCUUGACAGUUUUGUAAAUAUGAAAAAGACUUGAAUAUAGUAAAAGAACACAACUGCGGGUUUUGAUACGGUUAGUUUGAUUUGCUGCUUUGCUUAUCUUUGUAGAUACUUGUUGUUCGUUUCGUUGUCUCCUAGCAAAAUUGAUGUGCGAUUUUAUUUUUGGAUUUUAUAUUGGUAUAUAAAUGAACCCAGUUGUGACUGUCGAUGGUUCUGACUUGAACAAAUUUUAUCCGGAUUUGUCUUAGUCCAGCUAUGGCUGAUGUUUCAUACGUUCUGCCAGUUAUGCAGGUGAUGCUUACAAUGUGCAAUAAAAGAUGGCAAUACAGA